GGUGUUGAUCUGUUCGGUAAGCAGCAGCAGUCUAUCUUUGUAUCUCCAUCGAUGAAAAGCAUCAAAUUUUCAUAAAUCAUUGAAUUGAAUUGAAUCGAAAUAAACCUUGAAUAGAAAAGAAACCACGUUUGGUUCGAUGCGGACAAAUUGGUUUCAAAUGAAGAAAUUGUUUGUUCUUUCAUAGUCAUUAACAAAAUAAAAAAAACAUAUAUUUUCAAAGUUAUGAUAACCUGCUUAUUGUUCAACAAAGAAAACCAUUUCAUCUUUCAUUACGAUAAAUCAAUCAACAAGUGAAAAUUUACAAUAAAGAACAUCAAACAAAUCAAAAUUUUUUUCAUUCAAACAUGGAACAAUCAUUGUCCGUAAAAAAGCCUGUCGAUAAUCAGCCAAUAAAUGGUCGACCACAUUUACAAUCACUCAAAGUGUCUACAUUAAUUGAUUCAAAUAAUGAUCUACAAUUUCCUAUAUCAUCACCAACAUAUAAAUCACCUAUGAAUGGAAUUCCUGAUACAAAUAUCAUGGUCAGCAGUCAAAGUUUCAACAAAGAUUUAGAACAACAAUAUAGAUUAUCAUCGGCCGAUGAUGAUUCUCCUAUUGAUGGUGGUUUUGGUUGGGUUGUUGUUUUCGCAUCGUUCAUGUGCAAUGUUAUCGUUGAUGGAAUAAUUUUUUCAUUCGGUAUUCUACUGCCAGAGAUCUCUGCUGAGUUUAAUGAAAAUAAGGCUACUACCGCUUGGAUCGGAUCAUUACAGACUGGCUUAUAUUUGAUUGUCGGACCACUUGUAAGUGCAUUAGCUUUAAGAUAUGAUUGCCGUAAAAUUACAGCCGUUGGCAGUGUUUUGGCUGCAAUCGGUUUCGUUCUUUCAUAUUUCGGAACCAAUGUUCUCACACUUUAUGUUACUUUUGGUAUACUCGGAGGAAUAGGAUUCGGCUUUAUUUUCCUGCCUGCAAUCGUAACUGUUGGUUAUUAUUUUGAAAAGAAACGAGCAUUUGCCACUGGAAUCGCUGUCUGUGGUUCAGGUAUCGGUAUGUUUAUCAUGGCACCAAUCAUGCAUUUUCUUGUCGAACAUUUCGGCUGGCGUGUCAGUGUAUUAAUUUUGGCUGUAAUCACAUUAUUCUGUGCUGGUUUCGGUUCAUUUUUUCGACCACUAAAAUAUGAUCCAAGAACGGAUGAAGAAGUACCACCACCAGGAGCCAUUCAACCGAAACCAUUGUUGAUGCGAAUCAAAGAAGCUCGUGCUGCUGCUUGGGCUCGUUCCGAAGAAGAAUUGAGUGAAGAAUCACCAACCAGUAGCCAGAAUAGUGCACCACCUCCUUAUUCCGAAAUUUUGGAAGUAGUAAGAACGCCCACUGAAGAUAAAAUUGUUUCUUUUUCGAGGAAUAGUCUGUUUCAAGCUUCAAUUGAAAAUCGUAAACGUGCGAGAAGCACAAUAGAAGCUGUUGGAUCCCGUAAUAAUCUUCAAGCUGCUAAAAAAAUUCCUUCACCACGAGAUGAGAUGCUUUAUAGUAAUCUAAGUCUUGUGGUUAUACCUCAGAGUCGUUCGUACGCUAAUCUUCGUUCACAAUCAAUGGGAACCAUUACUAAAAGUGGUGAGCAAAUGAAUGAACCGAGCUUUUGUUCUGGUUUUGAUUUAUCGCUACUGAAAAGGCCAUCAUUCGUUUUAUUGGCAUUGAGUGGAUUCCUUUGUUUGGUUGGAUUUUUCAUUCCUUUUAUCUAUCUUAGUGACAGAGCUAAACUUCUUGGUUGUUCACCAGAUAAAUGUGCAUUCAUAUUAUCAAUUAUUGGCAUUGCCAACACUGUUGGACGUGUACUUUGUGGUUGGGCAGCUGAUUCUCGUGUAAAUGCAUUACUUUUGAACAAUAUUGCUUUGACUGUCGGCGGCAUCGCCACCAUCAUUUCACCGAUCGUGUUCAAUUCAUAUUAUUCGUUAAUAUUUUAUGGUUCAAUUUUCGGUGUUUCAGUUGCAUCAUUUGCUACAUUACGUUCUGUGAUUACGGCCGAACUUUUAGGUCUGGAAAAAUUGACCAGUGCAUUUGGAUUAUUAUUGCUAUUUCAAGGUUUAGCUGUUACCAUUGGCUCACCAAUUGCCGGCUGGUUUUUCGAUAUUACUGGCUCCUAUGAUUAUUCUUUUUAUUUAUCCGGAAUAGCCAUUACAUUAUCGGGAAUAAUGUGUUAUCCAUUGAAUGCUAUUGCUGCAUGGGAAAAAAGAUUUUUCGGUGAAAAAGAACAACAAAAUGUCAACACUAUAUCGACAAACACGGAUGAUGAUAAAAUUUAAUUCUGGAUUUAUAAAUGGAUAAUUCAAAAAAAUUUUUUUUUUUAAAUUACAUUUACUACAUCAUAUACUGAUGAUUGAAUCAUUUAAAAUGAUAAAAUUUAUAAUUAUAUAAAAAAUUUGAAAAAUAAAUCAUUUAAUUAAAUAUAUAAAAAAAACAAUCAUCGAUUUCUAAAAAAAAAAUGUUUUUUAAAUGGAAUCGAAUAUUAAAAAGAUAGAAUAUAAAAAGCAUAUAGUAUAUUGAUAUCCAGUGAAAAAAAAAAUUGACAAAAAUGCUGCUUUUCGAAGUGAAACCAUUCAAACAAUUCUAGUCUUCUUGUGCACAGUGGAACAAUUUUUGAAUGUACAUGGUAAAAGAAUCUAUU